CACCUUGGAUAUAGCCGCCGGACUACAUUUCCCAGAAGGCCGCGCGGGCGGCGGGACGUGAGACGAGUCUAUAAAAGGCUGAGGCGGCGCCGCUCGCCCGCUCUCAGGCCGUGUUGCCUACUUCGGGUGGUGCUGCUUCUUACAGUCGGUGACUCCACUCCCCGGAGCUACGGCCGCGCAUGGCGAGAGGUGAGAAGACUGAGACCUCCAGGUGUUAAGUGAUCUUCACCAAGUGCUUCGGUUCCUGAGUUUUGGAGCCUAGCCCUUCACUCUUGUCAGCUGACUUCUGGAUCUGAAGGAGGACUUGAGUGGAAUGGCCGCAGGCUGGUUUUACCUGACGUGCCUGGCGCUGGGUUCCCUGGGCUCCCUGUGCGUCCUCUUCACCGCCUACUGGAUGCGCUACUGGCGUGGUGGCUUCGCCUGGGAUGGCAGCCUGCUCAUGUUCAACUGGCAUCCGGUGCUCAUGGUUGCUGGCAUGGUGGUGCUGUACGGAGCGGCGUCGCUGGUGUACCGCCUGCCCCAGUCGUGGGUGGGUCCCAAGCUGCCCUGGAAGCUUCUGCACACUGGGCUGCACCUUGCAGCCUUCAUGCUGACCGUGCUGGGGCUGUUCGCCGUCUUCCAUUUCCACAACCACCAGAACAUCGCCAACCUCUACUCCCUGCACAGCUGGCUGGGCAUCACUGCCGUCUUCCUCUUCGCCUGCCAGUGGGCCCUGGGCUUCGCCAUCUUCCUGCUGCCCUGGGCAUCCGCGUGGCUGCGCAGCCUCCUCAAACCCAUCCACGUCUUCUUCGGCACCUCCAUCCUCUUUCUGGCCAUGGCGUCCGUCAUUUCUGGCAUCAAUGAGAAGCUCUUCUUCAGCCUGAAGAACUCCACCCACCCAUAUUCCCAGCUGCCCAGCGAGGCCGUGUUUGCCAACUGCACCGGGAUGCUGGUGGUGCUCUUUGGGCUGCUGGUGCUCUACGUCCUGCUGGCCUCAUCCUGGAAGCGCCCCGAGCCUGGCACCCAGACUGACAGACAGCCCCUGCUGCGUGACGGGGAAUGAAGCAGAUGUGAAGCAGGAAAGGCUCCCUGGAGCCGCCAGCCCUCCUGAAGCUCUGCUGUCCUAGGCGCUGGCUGGCUGGUUGUGGUUGUGGUGCAGGCUUGCUUGCGGCCCUAGGCACCCCCUCUUCCGGCCUGUGCCAGGCCUGUUCUCCAGCAGCUUGCCCCCCGCCUGCCUACUUUUCUUGGCAGCUUGCUUUCUGCAACCCUUUUCAGUAUUGAUUUUGGGAGCUCCCUUUGUCCUGGCGGCUUGUCCCUUCUUCUGCUGAGUAGCCAAGCUGACUCCCCAUGUUGGGCCCUGAGGUUCUGGGGCUUGGGGAGCCCAAAAGGCCUGAGGAGCUAGGACUCAAGUGCCAUCAGGGGAGAGGACCUGGUGCGGGCUUUCCCUGUGUUACGUCAGGCCAGCUGCUUUAUCUGGACAGAGGCUGGGGGACAGAAGGCGUGGGGGGUGCAGAGGCAGAAGAGGAAAGGGGGCUGCUGGCCGUCCAUGUUGCUGUAUCUGCAUGUGUCGUGACCACGUGGCCCGGCCUCUUCUAGCUGCUGUUCCGGCUGAGGCCGGAGUCCGACCUGUCCCUGUCACCUACAUGCCUGUCACCGCCAGGCGGCCCUGCUAGCUGCUUCCCCAGCAUCACACAGCCCAGGGCUGGAGAGUGCACACCCUGCAAGAAUGAGGCCCUGGGUUCAAUCCCAGUGCUGCUUUAAGAGACAAAGAACAGAUGGCCUUGUCCCUGCUGUCCCCACAGGGCUGGGCCGCAGGGGUGGCUAUGGACCUGCCCUCCUUGCUCUGACCCAGUGGCCUCCCUUGCUGGCCUGGGCACCCUCAGCUCAGCCCUCUUGGCAGAGCCCGUGCCCAGCUGCUGUGCAUUUUCACCAUGAAAUGGGCCAAAGCCACAGCGCCCCAUGCCCAGCAGAGCCCUAGGUGCCUCCUCAGCCCUCAGAGGCGAUCCCACCUGGCCAGGCCCUGCCUGGGGAGAAACAACCCUGAGCAGCGAGGAGACUGGCUCCUCUUCGGAGCGCUGGCACCAAAUAGGCCCUCCUGGGCCCCUGAGGUCCAGAGUCCAGAGUCCAGGGCCCUGGCAGGAAGCCACGAGGCUGACUGUUCCGUGUAGCCCCAUGGGGCUGGCUGUGGGCAGGAGGACUGACUGAGCCUUCUUCCAAGAUGCAGCCUCACAGCCAUAGUGGGGGUGAGGGCUGCACAGCUGGGCCCCACAACCAGCCCCCUUCCCCCCUCCAACACUUUUCCAGUGGCUUCCUGAAGCUUGAUUUUAAUUAAACUGGUUUUAUAAAUCAGA